UAAAUUCAUGCAGAGAAAUCUGACUUCAGAUAAGAGAUUAUUGUCACGUCAGGACAUCAAAAUGGGUGGUCCGAUUUUGAUGCGGCUUCAUUAUUUUAUAUUACAUUUUAUUUUAAGUAUAUCGCAUAGUCAAGCUAAUGACAUUUUGGGCUGCGGAGGAUUCGUUAAAAGUCAUGUCAGCCUUGAUGUAUCAAAUAUUGAAUUAGGAUUAUAUACCAAAGAAGGCAGCUUGGUUGAAAAAACGGAAUGUGCACCUACCAAUGGGUAUUACUUCUUACCCUUAUAUGAGAAGGGAGACUACAUAUUAAAGGUCCAUCCCCCAGCUGGGUGGAGCUUCGAACCGUCACAGGUCGAACUAUCUGUGGAUGGAGAGACUGACCUGUGCUCUAGAGGUCAAGACAUAAAUUUUUCUUUCAAUGGUUUUGGCAUAACCGGAAAAGUUAUAACAGCUGGUCAUCAAGAGGGACCUAGUGGUAUUUCUGUGCAAUUGGUGAAUGAUAAAGGAGAGGUUAGGAAUACUGUUACUACAGCUGGUGGUGAUUUCAACUUUACACCAGUGAUUCCAGGAAAAUAUGUCUUAAAAGCAUCGCAUGGCAGAUGGAAGCUAGAGCCAUCCCAGGCCACAGUACAAGUGAAGGAAGGUAACACUGUAUUGCCAUUGGGAGUUCUUGCAGUGAAAGGAUAUGAUGUGUCAGGAUCAAUCACAUCAUUUGGUAGUCCAAUCAGCGGAGUUUAUGUUUUGUUGUAUUCCAAAGAGGAAAAUCCCAAGUUCCGAGUGGAGGGAUGCAAAACGGCUCUCCUACAAGGUGUUCCAGAUUCACCAAUCUGUCACUCCGUUACUGAUGCAUCAGGGGAGUUCAGCUUUGGCCUUGUACCUGCGGGAGAGUACAAAUUGGUGGCGUUAACCAAAUCCCCUGGUCAAGCGACAGUAACAUUUAAUAUUAAACCGGAGAAUGUUGCAUUCACUGUUCAACAUGACAGCCAAUAUAUAAAGAAUGCUUUUGAGGUGACAGGCUUCAAUUUAGUUGGAACGGCUUAUGCGUCAAAGGGUGGUAAGCCAGUGUCUGGUGCGCGAGUGUUACUUGCGGGACAGGCGGUGGCCACAAGUGACGCUACUGGCAAAUUCUCACUGUCCGGACUCAAGCCCGGGAAUUAUAUUGUCAGUUUGCAACAUGAGCAUUGCGAGUGGGACGACUUGGAGGUGCGCGUGAGCACCAGCGGCGCAAGCGCAGUGUCGCCGGUGGCGGCGCGCUGGCGCGUGUGCGGCCGCGUGGCGCCGCCGCGCCGCCUCGCGCUCGCGCCCGCCGCCGCGCCCGCCGCCGCCCACCGUGUGGACGCGGCGCCCGACGGUAAAUGGUGCACAUACUUGGCGCCGGGAACUUACACUGCGAAAGUGGAGGUCACUGAACAAGAACACAGAGAUGGGUUACAGUUCUACCCCGAAUGGCAGCAAGUGGUGGUAGCCGCGGGCCCAGUGGAAGACAUAUCGUUCUCGCAACUCCGCGCCACCGUGGUGGGGAGGGUCGUGUGCGACGAGUGCAAGGACGCUAAGGUGACUCUGCGGAACCUGGCCGCCGACGGCAGCUAUGUGGGGGAACCCAUGUAUACGGAUGUUAAAGUGGACGGCAGCUACACGUUCGAGCAGGUGAUGCCGGGCAGCGUGGAGGUGAGCGUGCGAAGCGAACGCGAGGCGUUCUGCUGGCGCGAGGAGACGCACAACGUGGCGGUGGCGGCCGAACGGGCCACCGUGCCCGACUUUGUGGCCACUGGACGCAUGCUGAAGAUCACCACCACUCAUGAUAUAGAGGUGGAGUACAGCGGGUCAUUCUUAAUUUUAAAAGACAUUAAUAUAAUAUAUUUGUUAUAUAUUACACAGUCGGUAUCAUUCCGCGCAGUGGCGCACGCGAGCACGGUGCGCGUGUGGAGCUCGGCGAGCGGGGAGCUGUCGCUGCUCAUCGAGAAGGAGACGUCGGGCGACGCCGUCGGUGACGCGCUUGGUGACGCGCUUGGUGACGAGCCGCUGGUCGUGCCGCUCACACCGGUGGCGGCUGAGGGCGGCUAUGUGUAUGAGCACACGCUGUAUCUGGCUGACGGCGAGGCGGUCCGCGUGACGCCGCAGUCGGGCACGCUGCUGGCGGCGCCGCGGCGCGCGCGCGUGGCGGGGCGCGGCCGCUGCGAGGCGGGCGCCGCCUUCCGCGCCGCGCCCGGCGUCACGCGCGCCGGCCGCCUGCUGCCGCCCGUCGCCGGCGUCACCGUCACGCUCGCCGCCGACGAUUUCAAGCUUACCCAAGUAACAAAAGAAGACGGCUUGUACAGUUUCGGACCGCUGGAAGCUGAUAAACAGUACACGGUCAGCGCUGAGAAGGAAUCGUACGAGUUCAGUACGCCUGAUGAGGAAGGGAAUAUUGUGGCCAAUAAGCUCGCUGAGAUUGAAGUUAUAGUGGUCGAUGAGGCUGAUGACUCGCCUUUGGAGGGCGCGCUGAUCUCGGUGUCGGGCGGCGUGUACCGGCGCACGGUGGCGAGCGCGGCGGGCGGGCGCGAGCGGUUCGGCGCGCUGCCGCCGGCGCAGUACUACGUGAAGGCGAACAUGAAGGAGUACCGCUUCGCGCCGCCCAGCCACAUCGUCGACGUGCUGCCGCCGCCGCACGAGCCCCCGCGCCCGCUGCUCUUCAGGGGCCGGCGCGUGGCGUGGUCGGUGUCGGGGCGCGCGGAGUGGGCGGGCGGCGCGGCGGCGGGCGCGCUGGCGCUGCGCGCGCGCCCCGCCCGCCCCGACGCGCCCGCGCUCGACGCCACCACCUCCCCCACGGGAAACUUCAGGAUUCGUGGUCUCCUGCCUUCUAUCCAGUAUACGUUGGAAUUGAAAGAAAGUACAUCUCCGGAGCUUGCCGGAAUCAAACUUGUGAAAGGACCCGGGCCUAUUGAAGUGAAAGGCAAGGACAUAGAGGGCGUGCAGCUGAUCGUGAUCCAGCCGACGCUGAGUACGGACGUGACGGUGCUGGUGCGCGCGGCCGCCGAGCACUACCGCACGCUGAAGCUGACGCUGGCGGCGGAGGGCGGCGAGCGGCCGCUGUACAGCGCGCGCCUGGAGCCCGCGCCGCAGCCGGGCGCGCUGCUCGCGCUGCCGCGCCUGCCGCCCGACGGCCGCGCCUACGUGCUGCGCCUCGAGACCUCGCUGUCCCGCCUCGCGCACGCCUACGAGGAGCCCGCCCUCUACUUCACCGCGGACGGCUCCGUCAAGCACUUCGACAUCGACUUCGUGGCCAAGGUGAAGUCGUCGGAGCAGGAGCUGCGCGCGAGCUCGUUCGCGCUGGUGCCGCUGCUGGGCGCGCUGGCGCUGGCCUACUCGCACCGCGCGCACCUCCUCGCGCGCUUCAGCCCCGACAGCGCCGCCCGCCGCCUGCCCAGGAGGAAGGCCCAGUAACGUGCUACCGCGCCGCCGCGC